AGGUGGACAGUUGAUGGAACUUCCUAGUUGUUGUCUAUUGCAGGGGGACUCCGGAGUUAGCAGUGCUGGUAGCAGCACAGAAGCUUGUUAAUUUCAAAAUGGACAUGUCGCCACCUGACACGCAAACGUCCAACGACGACUCACACGCAAGGGGAAAGAGUUUUCUUGUCAUGCGGACAUGGGAGGAUUCGGGUGAUGACGUCAGACAAGACACAGAGGAAAACAGCAACGAUAAAAAUCAUAAUCAGACACCCAAAAAGCCUCGUCACAGGACAACUUUCACGCCGUAUCAGCUGGAGGAGAUGGAGAAGGCGUUCCGCAGAGCUCCUUACCCGGAUGUUGUGACGCGGGAGGAGCUCGCGCAGAGACUGGGGCUUCACGAGACUCGCGUACAGGUGUGGUUCCAGAACAGACGGGCAAAAUGGAGGAAAGGGGUGGCACCGAAAGUCAGCGUGUCCCCGUGUGAAGGCCCUGAAGAAAGAAAAUCGAUGCCAGUCCCAGUGUCCGACAUCCCACCCCUGAGAGACCAGCCCCCGUCUGCCUCCCCCUGGAGUCCCUGGACGCUCCCCGGGGGGUACAUCUGGUAUGCAGGCUGGAUGCCGGGGUCCCCGUCCUGCUCAUGGUCACCGCCACCAGGGUGCGCUUUACCGGAAUCACGUGGUCCCUGUCACAUGACCGACCUUCGCGGUGGUCUCAAACUGCCCAGAACGAGGCCAGAAGGUCGGAAUCCCCUCGCGUACGUCACGUAGACGUGCUUAUCUUGUAAAUGUACAAUAAGUUAUUUAGCAAUGGGACAGUGGAAUAUUAAUAUAAAAUGCCUUGGGUAUGAACGUCGUCCUAGGACUUCGUACACUAUUUGCAUAUUGUGUACAUUUUGUAAAUUUGUAAAUAUGUUUUUGAUAGGAAUGUUUAGUGUUCAAUUGUUGUUCAUUGACGCAACAUUGUAACAGCUGUGCAUCGCCGCCUGUGCCUUCAACGUGCCUUAUUUGUAUGAAUUGUACAUACGCUGUAAAUACACUGAUUGUAUUGUUGCUACACAAACACACACCAGUACGAAGAUUAAUAUAUGACACCGCACUCCCUAGACGCUUUUCAAAUGCAAAUAUCCAGUCAAGUCAUAUAUAUAUACGUUCCCCGUGAAGAUCCGUGUUAGAGUAGGUCUUCAGCAACUCAUGCUUGUCGUAAGAGGCGACUAACGGGAUCGGGUGGUCAGGCUGGUUGACUUGGUUGAUGCAUGUCAUCGUAUCCCAAUUGCCUGUUUUACAGACCACCGUCAUAUAGCUAGGAGAGAGAGAAAGAGAGAGAGAGAGAGAAAUUUUUUUCGGACUAACUUGUUCAGCUACAUCUGCUAAACCAGACAUUUCUUUUAUUUAAACUAUGAGCCUAUAUUUCUUUAAAAAAAUGUAUUUUUGUGGCUCACAAUUUCCUUUUUUAACAGUCAGAAGCACCAUUAUGUUUUUUUACUUAUCAGUGUAUUUGUAGGUGGUUGUUUAACUUAUCCUUUCUCAGUCGGUAAACAUUUACGACAUGCGUAAAACUUUCUCCAACAUUUAAUAAAAGAGAUGCUGGCAAAGUCGCCGCAGUUUUCUGUGAACAGUUGGGCCCACUCCCUUGGGAGCGCCAGAACUCGUGGGUUCGAAUCCAAGAUUUGUGCUGAGUAUAUUUCCAGGUUUGUCAGGGCCAUAUCAGUGCUCAAUGGUUCUCAGACCUGCAAUAUGUCAGUCUUUCCUACCACAUUUAGCUUACGCACCGCAAUGUAACUAAAAUUAUCACACUCACUCACUCACUCACUCUGUAUCCUGUACUGAAACAGUACUCACACACGACCACUCAACCCCACUCCCGACACAUGCACCACCCAACCCGACCCCCGACACAUACCCCCACCCAGCCCCACCCACGGGGAAUACACACUGUCUUGUCAGUGUCUUGUAUGUUCAGUAUUCCAUGUAUGUCUGUGUAAUGAACUACCACUUGUACGUGUGUGUGCCUGUGAUCAGUGGAUUCAAUCGUGCCAAAUCUCCAGUAUUGCCAAACCCUAAAGUGUCUUAGUGAUUGUGUAAUAAAGAUUGUAUAUACAACCCA